AUGGUACAGGUUUCGUGGACGUCCGCCUUUUCGCUAAUAGGCAUUUAUCUCAUUUCGGUAGAAUGCUCUAAGUUCAAAGAUUGUGGUUCUGCUCUGGGCUCAAUUCACACUUUGGAUAUUGAACCAUGUGACACAACCCCGUGCACUUUGUACAAGGGCGAGAAUGCCACUAUACGUAUCAAAUUCGAUUCAAAGAAACGCGUAGAUCAGGCCACGGUGGCUGUGCACGGAAUCAUCGCCCAUAUUCCCGUGCCUUUUCCGCUGGAUGAUUCCAACGUGUGUCAUUUUGUGCAACCCUCCUGUCCGCUCAUUCCGGACCAGGGACCGUACACGUACGAAUUCAAAUUGUUCGUGCAACACCAGUUUCCAUCAAUUCGACUGGUCAUCCGAUGGGAGUUCAAAACUACCGAUAGUGAAGAUGUUAUCUGUGCAGAAUUUCCCGCUCAGUUGAACACACGGUCUCAUCGGUUGAAUAGUAUGCCCGAACAGGUUCCGAUGAUGCGGUUGACACCGGCUAAAAAACGCCCGUGGCUCGGUUCGAACUGA